AUGUACAGAAUUAGUGACCCAAGCCAAUACUUGGUUAAAACUGGUGCACUUGUCAAAGAUGUUUCCAUCAAGAAAAAAGGAUGGGUACUACCAUUUCAAAGGUCAACGUUCUUUGAUAUAACUCCAGCGAACUACACGUUGCAAUUACAAGCGAUGAGUGCUGAAAAAUUGGAAUUCAACCUUCCCGCAGUAUUUACCAUUGGUCCAAAGGAUGAGCACAAAUCUUUGGAGCGGUACGCAAAACUUUUGGCGGCAAAUGAUAAGAACAGUGAUCACGUGAAGGAAUUGGUUCGUGGUAUUAUUGAAGGUGAAACUAGAGUUAUUGCGGCCGCAAUGACUAUGGAAGAGAUUUUUCAGGAAAGGAAAGGAUUCAAAGAUCAGGUCAUUAAGAAUGUUCAAGCGGAAUUGGAUCAAUUCGGCUUGUUCAUUUAUAAUGCUAACGUUAAACAACUUCAAGAUACUCAAGGUUCCGAAUACUUUGCUUAUAUGCGAAUGAAAACGCAUGAAGGUGCCGUGAAUCAAGCAAAAGUGGAUGUGGCCGAAGCGAAAUAUCGUGGUGACGUCGGCGCGAAGGACCGUGAAGGUUUAACGCGUCGCGAAACUUCAAAGAUUGAAUCGGAGACAAUUUUGGUGGAAAAUGAACGUCAGGUAUCCGUGGCGCAAGCAAACAUGAAUUUGGCCACCAAAAAGUCGGAAUUUGACCGUGCCACUAAGAUCGCAGCCAUUGAAUCGGAACAAGCGGCAAAGAUUCGUGAAUCUGAACUUCAAAAAGAAGUUGAAGAGCGUCGAUUAUUAUCGGAAACAGAACGUCUUCGGGUACAAUACGUAUCUAAGGCAACAGCUGAAUUCGAAGCAGCUAAAGCCAACGCUAAUGCGCGUUUGUAUGAAAAGCAAAAAGAAGCCGAAGCUGAACUUUAUAAGAAACAAAAAGAGGCAGAAGGUCUAUUAGCAGUUUAUAACGCUCAAGCUCAAGGUAUAAAGAAUUUAAUGGAAGCCUUCGGCGGUGAUCGUAAUGCGGCUAUUCAAUAUAUCAUGAUUGAACGUGGUGUUUACCAACAAUUGGCCAAAGAAAACGCUAGUGCCAUCAAAGGUCUUAAUCCUAAAAUUACUGUUUGGAAUACCGGGAAUGAAGAACCCUCCGCGAAUCCUGUAGCAAAUAUCUUUCAAUCUUUACCUCCACUUUUGUCAACUAUUCAAGAACAAACUGGAAUCAGUCCUCCAAAUUGGUUGGCUCAAAUGCCAAAUAAAUAA